UCUUCGGCUCUUGCCGCCUGGACUUCUCAAUCUCUCUCUGCUUCCUCGACUCUUUUCGUUCGUGGCGAGAGAACUGAAAUGUCGGAAGCUAAAGACCCGGCGAUUAAACUGUUUGGAAAAACAAUCCCUCUCACUACCAACGAAGAUACUCUAGCUGCAGUUUCCUGUGUUUCAGGCUCUGCUACUGAUGCUAUUCCUGUUACUUUCCCUGUUGCACAGGAUCACAAUAUCGACCUCGAUCUCGAUCUUCCUUCGACCACUUCUUCUGAUGACAGCAACAAGUCCAACAAAGUGGAAGAAGAUCAACAACCACAGCAAGAAGAAGAAGAAGAAGAGAAGUUAUUGAGAGAUACAUUGGGAGAUAAACCCACUGAAAAUAAAGAUGAUGGUGCACCUCCUCCAAGUUCAGACGAAUCGACAAAUCCAGCUACAUUGUCAGGGACUGAUAAGAACCCUAAAACACCCUCUGUUGACAAAGAAACUGCAAUGCCAAAUGCUUCCAAGACUGAAGAAGAACAGGGUGAGACAAACAAUUCACAAGAUAAAACUCUGAAGAAGCCAGACAAGAUCCUUCCAUGCCCCCGCUGUAAUAGCAUGGACACCAAGUUCUGUUACUAUAACAAUUACAAUGUCAACCAGCCCAGGCAUUUCUGCAAGAACUGCCAGAGAUACUGGACAGCUGGUGGGACCAUGAGAAAUGUGCCUGUGGGUGCUGGCCGUCGCAAGAGCAAGAGCUCUGCUUCACAUUACCGGCACAUUACUGUCCCCGAGGCCCUCCAAACGACUCCAUCAGAUACACCAGAUGGAAUUCACCAUGCAUUGAAACCCAAUGCCACCGUACUCACUUUUGGCUCUGACACGCCACUUUGUGAAUCGAUGGCUUCUGUGUUGAACCUUGCAGAGAAAACAAUGAGGAAUUGCACAAGUAAUGGAUUUCAUAGACCUGCAGAACAAAGAAUUUCAGUUUCUUGUGGAGGGGGAGAAAAUGGCGAUGACUACUCCAGUGGAUCUUCUGUCACAGCUUCCAACUCUACAGUGGAGGGAAACAAGGUCGGUUUGCAAGAUGUAAUGAUGCGGAAUUGUCAUAGUUUUCCUCCUCGGAUACCAUUCUUUCCAGGGGCUCCCUGGUCAUAUCCAUGGAACUCAACUCAUCAAUGGGGUACUGCGGUGCCCCCGCCUGCUUUCUGCCCUCCAAGCUUUCCUGUAUCAUUCUACCCCACACCAACCUAUUGGGGUUGUGCUGUCCCAGGCACCUGGAACGUCCCUUGGCUCCCCCCACCAUCUUCUUCUCCAAGUCCUGGGGCUCCAGUCUCUGGUCCUAACUCGCCUACCUUGGGAAAGCAUUCAAGAGAUGGUUAUAUGCUUAAACCAAGUAAUUCAGAGCAAGAAGAUCCAGUAAAACAGGGUGAUUCAGAGAGAUGCCUUUGGAUUCCAAAGACAUUGAGGAUUGAUGAUCCCGGGGAAGCUGCCAGGAGCUCCAUAUGGGCUACCUUGGGAAUUAAGAAUGACAAGGCGGAUUCAAGUGGAGGAGGGCUCUUCAAGGCCUUCCAGUCAAAGGGCGAUGAAAAGAAUCACAUGGCUGAAACCUCUCAUGUACUGCAAGCCAAUCCUGCAGCAUUGUCUCGGUCACUCAACUUCCAUGAGAGCUCGUAAUGGUGUGAAUGAAAAUUCUGCUGUUGUAAAGAUGUUUUCACUGAGAUGGUGAGGCACGAGGGUUCCAACUCGCUGAGAUAAUUUUGCACCACAUACCUUUGCAAUGAGCCAUGUUGCUCCGGCUUCGUAGAAGAAAUUGGCAGAGCAAUGCAAUUGAGACAGAAAGCCAGAGAAGGAUCAUUCUGGUUUCCCCAGAAAGGAGCUAUCCUGGAAUAGCUCAAAAGCAAAUGAUUUGAUCUUUCUUCUUUUUCUUUCUCUCUCUCUUUAUUAUUUUUCUUGUUUGUUAUUUAUGAAAGUAUGAGUAGGAUCUUCUCUUUCCACAUUGAUGGUUGUUUAGGUGGUGUAGUAUCUACAUGUAUAUAUCCAGCUGCUAUGAUGAUAUAGUUAGAUAGAGCAGAGGAAAGGAGUAAGAGACCUAGAUGUACCAAGUUCUCUGAUGUACUAAAUUAGUUUGCUAAUCCAAUGAAGAAGUUCUUCAUUCUCA